ACUUAAAUACAGUAAAUUAAAAUGUUUUUCAAACAAAUAACUCGCAAGAAAUUAGUGAUUAUUGGUGAUGGAGAAGUUGGCAAAACAUGUCUAUUGCUUGUGUUCAGUAAAGACCACUUUCCUACUGAAUAUAUACCCACUGUAUUUGAGGCAUCGGUAGUUAAUUUUUAUUACAAAAAUAAACAGGUGGCACUGGAGUUAUGGGAUACGGCUGGUCAGGAGGACUUCGACCGAUUGCGGCCACUGUCCUAUCCGGACAGCGAUGUACUGCUACUGUGUUUCAGUGUAGUAUCGCCCGAUUCAUUGGCCAAUAUCUACGAGAAAUGGAUGCCCGAAGUUACCCAUCACUGUGCAGGAGUGCCGAUGAUUUUGGUCGGCACUAAAAGUGAUCUCCGAAGCGAUAAAGAAACUGUCGAUAGUCUGGAACGUCAAAAACAAACUCCGGUAUCAUUUGGUGACGGGUGUCGUGCGGCACAAGAUAUCGGUGCUUACGGUUACUGUGAGUGCAGUUCACGUAAUAACGAGGGAAUACUGCCAUUGUUUGAAAUGGCUGUCGCGUCUACCGAAAGUGUCCGUAAAUUUCCGAAACCUGGCCAACAAAAAGGUGUCUGCAAUGUCUUAUAA